UCGUGUGUUCUUCGAGCGUGUGUGAAAGAGUGAGAGCACCGAAAGCUUUGGAGAGAGUUUUCAUUGCAUGUGAAAGCUCUUGGGGAUUUUUAUUUCGAGUUCCAGGCUCCAGCAGCGGUGAGGAGGAGCGGCGGCGGCGGCGGCGGCGGCGCUCGAUUUCACGGCGAUGGCGCUUGCUCCAGGUGAUGCGGUGCUGGAUCGAUCGAUCUAGCCCCGCGUCGUGCAGCCGGCGGGGCUUGGUAGGAGCCGAAUCGCCACUUCGCAAGCGCUGUGUCGGUAAUAUUAAUUGCUGCUGCUGCUCGAUCUCUCCUCGUUUGCUUUCUUCCAUAUUUCGAUCGAUCUCUUCCCGCUGUGCUUGAUUUCUCGUCGUGCGUCAGUGCUGUGGGGACCAGGAGUGUGGAUUUCUUUUUUCUUUCUCUCGCUUUUCUCUCUCAAGUGAUCUAGCCAGUGUUUUAGCUCGAUAGUCUCCUCGCAGUUCUUCCAAAACCCUGCCAGUCUUUUUUUUCCUUGACAUUCCUCCUCCAUACAUAACAAAUCUCCCUUCUUUUCCUUCUCUCCUCAUCCCUGAGAGUUUAAAAAAUCUGGUGUGCCAGUUUCUGUUUGUCUGUCUGCUUCCACUCCCUUCUUCUCUCUCUUCAUCAUCGAAAUUCCUGUGCUGCGCUUAUCCUAAGCUGGGUUGGCUCUCAAAUCUCCUAAGAGGCGGCCUAGCAGCAGCGAACUGGAAUCCCACGAUCAUGCUCAGACGUGCUGGCAGGAGUAAUGUCCGGUGUAGCUAGCUGGGCCGAAGCAGGGAAGAGGGUAGUGAGUAGCUCCUGAGGAUGACGAGAUCUAGCAGAUGGCAGGAGGCAGGCAAUCUGGAAAGCUUUGGGCACAGGUUAUAGACUCGAGAAGAUGGUGGCUGUAGCUCAGUGACCGCAAAGUCAUCUCUAAAGUUCCAAGCUAGCACGACUCUCAGCAGGCAGGUAGCCACUGAUCACUCUCGAGGACCACUCUCGAGAGCAAUGGAUUUGGGUGGCCAUGAAGAAGACAUUCCCAUUCCAAUUUCAGCGCAGUUCAGUGCCGCGGCGAUACACGAGACUGCAGCCAAGCUCAAGCUCCUGGCGAGUGGGAAUGGAACGCCAGCGGCUCAAGUGGGAAGCGGUGCUGCAGUCGUUGUCGUCUCCGGGGAGGCGGGGGCGGCGGCGGCGGCAGGGGGUGACAGCAAAAGCAAGCGUCCAGUGAGGUACACGCAGUGCUUGAAGAACCACGCCGCGGGUAUCGGCGGGCACGCUCUGGAUGGGUGUGGAGAAUUUAUGCCGUGCGGAGAGGAAGGGACGCUGGAUGCUCUCAAGUGCGCUGCCUGUGACUGCCACCGCAACUUCCACCGGCGGGAGGUGGAGGGCGAGCCCUCUUGCCUCGAGUGCCACCACCGGAAGGACAAGAAGCGGCUCAUGCUGCCGUCGAGAUCAGGGGAGCUGGACGAUCAAGGAGUCUACAUGCCAAACGCUGGAGGGCCUAAUCUCAAAAAGAGGUUUAGGACGAAGUUCACGGGAGACCAAAAGGAGAGGAUGCUGGCAUUUGCGGAUAAGGUGGGCUGGAAGAUCCAGAAGCACGACGAGGCCGAGGUCCAGCAGUUUUGUAACGAGGUGGGCGUCAAGCGUCACGUCCUCAAGGUGUGGAUGCACAACAACAAGCACACGCUGGGGAAGAAGAUGUAAGCUGGCCAGCCGGGGGGGGGAUCAUAUAUCUCAAGAGGUUUCCUCGUCUUCUUUUAGUCGCUUCGUUUGAGAGGUACAUUGUUUUCUUUCUCUCCAUUUUACUUUGCAUUCUCAACUCUAGCUUUUGUCUGUGGGGAAGCUGCAGCGAGAAACGCUUCAGGUUCUACCGCAGGGUUUUCUUUUAAAAACUUGACUCUCACCAGGCAAGAAAAGCAUUCACUUGCUGAUCAGAAUUCCUUAUGUUUUCGUUUGGCUUUCGCCAUUCCACGCUCUAACGUUUUUGUAAUUACAUGUUCUAGGUGGUGCUACUGCUACCUGUUUAUGUUCUAAAGACUCGCUCUCGCUCCCGCUCCCAGGUGUAUCUCGUGCAUGCGUCUCUUAAAGUUUGGGUGCGUUCUCGGCUCGCUGCGAGAGGGAAUGAGAUCUCUUCGGUAGGAACUUUCGGUAGGAACUUUGUUGAGCUUUCAUUCUGUUUGUCUCUGCUGCUUGCUUCGCUUCAGGAACCCUUCGUUGGUUUUUCCAUCUUGGUUUCAAAGCUUGGUGUGGUGAUGAUCAGCUGAGUUUCUUCUCUUCACUCUGACGUUUCCGGCAGCACGCCUUCGCUGCCUUGUACACUGUUCCGGAGGCGUGAAGGUGGAAAUCAAAUCCAAUGCUCCAGACUGGACGCGGCGGUGCAGCACACUUCAUCAUUUUCGGCAUCAGACACCGAGACGGAGAGCGAGCAACAAAAGAGAGAGCUUUAAUCGCACAUGUUUGGACGAUGUAUUAAUGCACAGCUUACAAAAGGGUCGACGGAACGGACCCCGGGCCCCGGCUUGCCAGGCAGGGAAAGGACUGUCUGUGCUCACUUGAAAUUUUGGUUUCAGGUGAUUGUCAUGCACGAGACCUGGCUGGCUGCUGGCUGCAACAGCGCUCUGCACCACCACCUCAUUGGAAAACGCAAAGGAGUGUGACCCUGACACACCGUCGCUUUCUCUGGCCGCACCGCAACAGCGUCUCGCUGCACUGCCACCGCCACAACCAUUUGCUAGCUCGGACAGCUACGCGGCUAGGCUGCUUUGUCCCGUAAGUUUCAAGUAAGAUAAGCUGGUGGCUAACUCUUCCCGCGCAUAAAUCCGUCCUAUCAGGUCAGAGCUGCAUACUUUGCAUCGUUAUUCUUGUGCCCGGCAUUCGCAUCGGAUCCUGCCUGUGUUCUGUGAGACCUUCCAGCUUUUGCACUGUACUGAUCUUUGCUGGCCUUUCGAGGGUUGGCCGAUUGGAGAAAAGAAAGAGAAAGUGAGUAGCAAAUCAUGGUGAGCGUGUCGUGCGUGUGCUGGAAGUGCUGCUGCUUGUAGCGAUGUGGGAUAUCACAGAUUUCUUUUAAGCCCAGGUGUGGUGGUGGUUGCUCCCGCUCAUGAUGCUAAAUCCAUGAACUCAUGACACACGCACAAUAAACAACGGCUAAGCUCCUUCGCUCAGCCGACAAGAGUGGUAGCUAAAGAUCAGCCAAACGAACCCCGGCGACCCGAGCAAGCUGGAGCUAGUAACGGACUACCUGAAUUAGCUGGCCAGCCAGAGCUGGACUGGAUGGACGAACCAAAAGCAAAAAAAAAAAAAAGAAACGCUGCCUCGCUCAAUCAACUUCACAGCUUUAAUAGGACUCGUAUAAUCUCGGACGCGAGAGGGCAGCAGCAACAACAAGAACGAAUAAAAUAGGAGGUAUUUGUCGUAUGGUUUGUAGGACAGGCUUUUUCCUCCCCACAAAAAGAUCUGAUUCGCCACA